GAUUGAGGUUGAGUUGACUUGAAAACCUAUUUCAUUAUUUUGUUCUGCUUGCUGUUCUCGUCUAUCAGAUCGGAACAAGCUAGUUGACUGAGUGAACUCUUUUAUAAUUGUGCUUAAAUUUAGUUGACGUGUUAAUAAAUUAAUAGUUUUUGUGUGUGUUUUAAGUGUUAUUCAUAAUCUUUUGGUUGGAUUAAGUUUGGACUCGUGGCCUGUUGAUAAUAUACAUACAGCAGUGGUAGAGAGCAGUGAGAUGGUCUCGCCAGAGACGGCGGCUGCCGAGCUGUCGAGCAACCACGCUCCAGUUAAAGAGAUAGUAACUAGUCAAGUAGUGAAUGGUGGAUUGUCGUCUCUCAACGCAGUCAACAAUGGAGAAGUAACUGAGUGUCCCGUACAGAUUAAGGUAACUCGAGAUCAGGACGUGAAACAACCAUCUUACGUGAGCCUUGCUCGAUGCAUCAGCGGCUACACUCUUCUCACAACUUAUGACAGUAAACAAAGGGAAGGAUUCAGGUCCCGAGAUAUAAGUCCGGCAAGAGUUCCAGUUCUUCUGAAUGCUGGCUCUCCAAGCAACGGUCAGGUGACUGGCGGACGCCUCCCUCUCCCCCUGCCUCUCCCUCUCUCACCACUAUCGCCGUCCUCAGCAGACGCAAAGUUGGCUCCUAACUGUACUUCACCUAUCAAAAAUAUGGACUCAAAAAAUUAUACUAGGAUUUCUUCAACAUCAACAGAUUUUACAACGAUUACUUCAACCUCAACAUGCUCUUCAUCUUCUGUCUUGCAAAGAGUGGAGAGAAUAUUCGGUCCUGGAGCUUUGGCUCAGGGAUUCUACGCUAGAAAUAGAACCAGGAACUUAAUACAAGCUCGGGAAGAACCGAAAGAGAGCAAUAAUAACGUUUCCGUGUCCAAUUCAAGCGAAGAAUCUCUGCCAGUGCUUAAGCUCUUGAGGCCGGAAUUCAGAGCCCAGUUAUCAGUUGCCAGGCAUAGAUACAGUAACAAUAGGAAUUCCAGUAAAGACGAGCCGGAUGCACAAGUUGCAGCUCCAAAAGAGUACAAGAUACCAAUCACCAUUGAGGCUGAUGCCCCCAAAUUAGAAACUAAGAAUGGACGGACACAACCUGCAGAGAAAAACGGCAGAAUAGAGUUGGAAGAAAAGGAUGGCAGGUAUUUUCUCAAGGUGGUACACGAUGCCAUGGCAGCGCUGGAGAGGUUGGCGAGUGAAGUGGAGACAGAGCUGGCCAGCAAUCCUGUUGCCGAGGAACUGGAGGGAAGACUGCGUUCUGCCAUUGGCAAAGCUCGGCUGCUCAACGCCCAGAAGCUCAGGCAAUUCGAGGGACUUUGUCAUAAAAAUAUUUCACAAGAUCCAAAUGAUGACUUCAAAACAACAGACGAAGAUCUGGCCGGUUUCUGGGAUAUGGUCACAAUUCAAGUUGAUAGUAUGCAUAAAGAAUUUGAUUCAAUCAAGAAGCUCAAAGCGAAUGGUUGGAAAAUGAUCGAAGAAUCUCCUAGCAAAAAAUCAUCGGAGCCAAUAGUUUCCAAAACGGGUCCAAGAAAGCAGCAACAACCUACCAACAGUAUUGCCAACGGCAAAGAUUCAAAGACUAAUAAUUGUAACGGAACGAGUAACGGCGCAGGCGCUGGCAAUUCCAAGGCGAAGGAUGAAGCGAGACGGAAGAUGCUACAGGAGCGGCGAUUGGCCAUGAAGAAAAGCAUGAACGCAGCAGCCAAUCAGGACCAGGUGUUUGCCGCAGCCAACAAUAACUCUUGCUAGUGUUGGAAACAUCCGAAAAUUUCCUAUUGUUAACCAGUGUAGCCGUUUGUCUGAAUAGAAUCCAGGAAUUUUGUUGUUAUCAAGUUGUAAAAUUUGCCUUGCUAUGAAGCUAUAAAAUUUGCCUUACAUAGUUGUGUGACACCAUAUAAUUAUCAUUGAAAUCAGUAAUGGAGUAUUAUAAAAAUACAAUUUAUACAAAAUUAGAUGAAAAAUAUAAAUGAAGAAACAUUUGUGAGUUAUCAACAAACUGGCUGAGUUACUAAAAAUACCUGAUUUGGAAUGAAUUCCUGCUCUGCUGUGCUGGUAAAGGAGUAGCAUUGUUUCUUAUAGGAGUGUUUACUCAUUUUUAUUCUGUUCAUGUGUGAACACUCCCAUAGGCCUACGAUUCAAUGGUAUUAUUUUUCUGUCCAGCAGAACUGAGAUGCAUGGGAAAGCAGGGCUAUAGAAGGCUUUAUAGUUUUUUGACUUUGUAAUUGAAGCCUCUGUCAUUAAUUUGUUCAGCGAAAUUGCCAAUUUAAAACAAUAAUUCUUUGUUCCUAAUUACAAAGGGAAGCAAUCCAUAUGGAUUAUCCAUAGGUUUUUUGGAGUAAUUAAGAAGCUUCUAAGUAAUGUAAACGCACAAUGUUAUUACCGUGUUAUCAUAACUUAAUUAACUGAACUUGAUAAAGUCACAACAUAAUUCCUUGAUCUUUCUGACUACAGUCACCUUUCUAAAACACCCACGAAAAAAUGAAAAGUUGAAUCUGAUUCAAUAAAAAUACAUAGUGAGGUUUUGCAAAGAUAUUCGCGUAAUAGAGCUGUUUGAAAAGCUACAUAGCGACUUUAAAAUGACUCUUAACUGCAUUGCUGAUCGUAAAUUAGAUAUAAUACAGUAGUAGCUAAACGAUGUUUUUGUUCAUAUUCAUAUUUUCUUGAGUUUUUGUUUUCAAAUUUAAUAUUUUUGAAGAUAUAAUUUCAGAUUUAUAAAAAGUUUUAAUCACAAAAACAUAGUUUAUUUUAAAAAGUGUGUGUUCUUUAAUAGUGUCAGUAGAUACGUGACAUUAUUGGUGCAGUCAGAAUAUACUUUAUAAAUUCUUGAGUUUUGAUUCUAAUGAUUUAAAACAAAAAGCGAUUUACUAUAUUCUUUGCAUAGCCUUGAUCAGUAUUUAUAAAUAAUUAUAUAGUCAUAAAUACAAUGAUUCUAUUUAUUUGUUGAAUGAGUGAAAAUCUGUGUAUUUUAUAUUUAUAAUCAACUGUUGGAAAGUGCUGACUUUGAAAGAUGAGUAUUUUACAAAUUUGAAGCUCAUAUAUUUUUUAUAAGUGAAUACUUUGCAGUUAUUCGAUAAAACUAGAAACUAAUAUUGCGGUUUGCUCAUUAUAAACUGUUUACUACUACAUUACUUCUUGUUAAUAUUAUAAAAAUGUAUUAUUUAUUUUUGUUGAUAAUUUUAGAAGAUAUGAACCAGUCCUAACCACAUCACAAUUUAACUGAGUCAAUAGUAAGAAUCAUUUUAAAAAUAUUAAUCAUUUUAAGUUAGCGUUUUGAAAAUGUUGAUUAUUUUAAAACUAAUGUAUAAUCGAAUGAGAUUACUGGUUAAUGAAACUCGGGGAGUAAGUUCCCCCAUCCACUAAUAUUUUUGUUGCAAUCAAAAGAUGCUAUCAAUUUACCACAUAUGAGGAAAUAAAAUUAGUUAAUUUAUCUUCAAGUGAUUACUCUGUUGUAUAUCCAUACUUUUUCACUGUUAAAAUUAAACUUGAAUUUUAAAAAACUUUUGAAGUGAAAAUGCACUUACUUUUUGUAUAGUGACGAUCGUUUCGACCUGUUGUUGGUCAUCAUCAGACUGUGGGAAUUCAACUCAGUCUGAAUUCAACUCGAGUUGAAUUCCCACAGUCUGAUGAUGACCAACAACAGGUCGAAACGAUCGUCACUAUACAAAAAGUAAGUGCAUUUUCACUUCAAAAGUUUUUUAAAAUUCAAGUUUAUCUUCAAGUGUUAUUUCAAUGCGUAACCUACGAGCAAUCCCAAGAAUCUCGUAGGCUUAAUAAGGUAGUAACUAAUUUUAAUAGUAGAAAUCACAUAAGCUCUGAGUAAUCAUACAUUUUUUAUUAAGUUAUUCGAUGAACAUUCACAUCCACAUUAACGUUGUCGGUAAUUAGUCUAAUCUAUAAUAAUAACGUAAUGAAUCGUCUUACACACGUACGGGAUAGGAAAAACACAAAUGACUUAGAAUUAAUCAAUUAAUUAUUAUUUAAUGAUUAAAACAAAUUUAUUAAAUUUGUGACUAAAAGUUAACGUAAUUAGGCCUAUGAAAGCCCAAACAGGCCUUACUCCGUAGCUUAGUAGCGAGCACGGUUCGUGAAUCAAUAGGUUGCGGGUUUAAGACCUAUCAAACUCACUUUUUUGCUGGAAAUUUUUAACUCUUAUAGAGAUUAUCCACGUAAUUUUGAACAAAAUAAUAAAUUAUUUGCAAAUAAAGCAUUUCAAAACACCAAAUUUUCCCAGUUCAAAGCAAGGGUUACCUGCUUGUUACAAAUUGAUAUACUUCUCUGCGAGUUUCCUAGUACACCUGAAAUCAUGGAUCAUUUAUAAAAAUUUUAUUAAAAGUAUUUAAAUUCACCGAGAAACUGCUGUUUUUCUGGUGUUCUGCAAGUAGAAAUAGAAAAGCUAAUUUUCCAUGCAUAAAUUCAAAAUUACAAGAACAGGCUUGUUGACGCUACUUAGGACAUAGUAAUAAACAUUGAAAUGAUUGAACAGCUCAAAUAACUUCAUAAAAUCUAUUUCAAUUUUUGAAUCUACCGUAUUUCCAUCCUGCGAUAAUAUCAGGCUAAUAUAAAUGUAGAGUUGAAAAUACCUCUAAGGUGUCAUUAUUAUAACUAUUUUAAAAUUUGAUAGAUUUCAAAAUAACGAUUGUUUAUAGUCGUUCAAUACUUGAAAAAAUGUAUAUUUUUCUUUGUAAAUUGUAAAAUACAAACAGCCUACUUUAUACAGAUAUUCUUUAUUUAGACUUGUGUUUUGAACUAGCAAACAAAUAUAAUGAUUGAAUGAUGAACGUCAUGACUGAUUUACAACGUUUUAAUUACAAUUUGAUGGAUGGUUCGGUUUGAAACUACAAAUAGGCUAUCUCUAAUGAUUUAUUCUCUCAAUUUUCUAAAUUAUUCCGGUAGGAGAUUUGAAUUAGCUCGUGACCAAAGACCAAGUAAAAUGACUGAAGCCUGAAAUGAUUGUAAAUCUUGUGUAUUCAAUUCUUAUCACAUGUAUUUUGAAAAACUAGCAACCCUUUUUCUUGAUGGAAGAUAUUGUACUCUCACAGCAUACAAAAUGAGAAACAAAUUGUUCAGAUUCAAUUCAAGGACAGAAAGCUUACAAAAUAUAAAUUUCAUAGAGGAAGAAAGUUAGUAGAAGGCUUACUUCUUAGAAUGAUAAUAGGCUUUAAUAUCCACUCGAAUAUAUCUGUAAUAACUACUCAAGUUUCUAGAACUGUUUGACAGUGAGCAGGUAUUUCUUGAACCAAUCACAUCACUCAAAGUGCUAAAACUAAUUCAAAUUUAUCAAGUAGCGAGGUCUACUGCCUCUCAGUCUUAAAUUUCAGACUUAAUUGAAAUUUUGUUGCCUAUGAUAGUAUUCUUCGAUACCCUGAUUUCAACUCCUACUAAGAGUUCAUUAUUUUUUGUUAUUUGAAAUAUUUUUAUAAUGGGUCUACUCUAUAAUUUAUCCCCAAGACACGGUAUCGAAUUAUAUCACAAUAUCUUGACAGUUUUUUGUUUUUUUCUAUUGCAGUUGUGAACUGUAGUAUAGAAAUGUAUUCAAGUCAAAAUCAUUCAUGAAUUUUAAUAAGUUAUUCAGUCAAUAUUUUGAGAAGCCAAAGAUACUCCACAAUAUUUAUUGUUAUAGCGCAGUUUAUCAUUGUUUUGUUUUCAAUAAGCUGGUUUUGUUGAAUAAAUCACUAGAUUGAUUUUGAUUUUUGAAGCUCUGCGGCUUUAGCCAUUGUGAUAAUAGACUACUUAUUUUUUCAAUAAAAUUUUGUCAGUUCAUGGAUAGUACUUUUUCAGUUUUUAAUGAUAAGACUGAAAGUGCCUCUUAUAUGUUUCUCAUCAAUAUUAUUGUUUUGAGAAAUAGACUCUCAGUCUUAAAUUGAAAUUGUUAUGUGUUUUCAAACCAUCUCAGCUUUAAUAAUCAUAGAAUUUGUAUCAUUCCGUCAUCAUGCAUAAUAAUAUGUAACUUUUUAGUUAUUUCAAGAACGACACCGUUUGUUAAUAUCAACUGCAAUACCAUUGAGUUCCUAAUUUUUAGUUAACCUGGAAUUAUCUAUCACAUCUAUCACUAUUAAAGUGACCUUGGUUCUACUUCCGUUGUGUUUUCAAUUCAUUUAUAAGUGUUAGCUAGAUCCAUCUAGGUAUUCAAUAUAAUAUAAAUAGGUAGGAUACUCAGUUGAAAAGAUGAAUUUUUUAAUGAAAUAACUUUCACAUUUACUUACUCUUUCGUGCAUAUUGUUGAGUUAACAAAUAAGAAUAUGCUUAUCAAUAAGUGUUGCCAUUCAGAUAUGUUAUGGUGCUCAUUCAAUAAAAUUUUCUUAGUCUUCUUUAUGGUACUAAAUGUUUUUCAAUACCAAAAACUGGACACACUUAUUAAAAUUUCUCAUAUUAUAUGUUUGUUAUUGGUGCCUACUCAGAAACAAAAAGUUUUGAUAAUUUAAUCAGUGAUAUUGUUUAUUAAAAUCAUUUACCAAUUAUUGCAAAUGAAAUUGCCUUCGCAUUGUAAGCUACUAAUAAAACUGAAUAUAUUUGCAUACAGAACGUUGGUGGGAAAAAAUUAGUUCAAUAGAAUUUGAAUAAUGAUGAACUCACUCGAAUCACCAUCAUUAAUCAAGUUAAUCAAAUUAAUGAUAAUACGUCAAGAUUAAUAUGUGUAAUCAUCCAUAAUCUUUGAAUUGAGUUUAUAAACUUGAUAAAUCCAAUACAAACUUUACAAACUGUUUAAUUUACUAAUUUACGCUCCUCAUUGUAGUGCAAUAAAUACAAAGUCAUCUAAAACUUUAAAAAGUUUAUGCAUUUAUAAAAUGUUUGGAAAUUAUAUUAUUUUUAUCUAACAGAUUGAAAAUACUGAUUCAUUAUUCUUAAAGCAGUUCCCAUAGACUUUUCGUAAGCUUCAGUGAUCUCAUUUUCUUUUGCUCUACUAUUCCAGAAAUAGUAAAUACCCUCGCUAAUAUUAUCAUUCCACAUUUUUAAAAAUAAAACACAACUAUCCACUUCUAAGUCCCAUGGAUUUCUUUCCUUAUUUGUAAAACUUAAUCCUCUUAGAUGACGGCAAAAAACGAAUUGAGAUGCUCAAUGACCUAUCCUUUGGAAAUCAUUGAUAUGUGUUCUAAUGUUGAGUCUGCUAUUUUAUUCAUUGUGUAUUUUCAAUCAAACAUAAUAAUCAUGAAAUUUGUAAAUUAUCUAACAGAGAAUUCUAAUUUUAUUCUUGGUAAGAGUUUCUAAUACUGAUGAAUUUUUUAAUGAGGUUGUUAAUUAAUUAUUGUAAGAUCAGAGGCCCGUUCAAACUGUGACAUAUAUUGCGAUAAAUCGCUUUAGUAAAUUGUUACUCCACUACACUAGUUCACACUCAUCGCUCGUGAUUGAUAAAUAUACGUACGGUAGUGCUUUUGUAGAGAAACCUAGAGUUUUCCUACGAGUAAAGAUUAUUAAUUUAUAGUCUAAACAUUUUACUCAUUUUAGAGAAAAUUAUCCCAAUAUGUUACGCUGUUAUAACGGGCCUUACCUCACUAACUUGCAAAUGAUAUUGUUUAUGCUACUUUUUUAUCGAAUUUAGUAUGUUUUGGUUAAUCAUAUAUAUGAUAUUAAAAUCCUUGGGUGUGAUGAGGAACCAUUUUUAAAAGAUUGUUAUAACCCAUGUGUGCUUGAUUAAUUUAUUUAAUGAUUGUGUAACAAGACUUGUGAGUUUGUAAUAUUUUCAGCACUUCUAAUUUAUUAUUUUGUAGUAAACAAUUUUCUUAAAGCGUU